AUGAGCUGUGCUCAGACUGAACCAGAUGAAAGGCCUGCUAACCCCAGUGACAACACCAGUCCCAGUACAAAUGCCAAUUCCAACACUAACAUUAAGCCCAGCGUCUCUGGAAGUCCUGUACCCAAUGCCAAUGCAGACUCUAAUCCAAGCAAUACAUUUACAACCAAUGGCCCCAACACCAGCGAUGAGAUGGAGUGCAAGAUCUGCUAUCAGCGCUAUAACAUUCACAGCCGCAAACCCAAGAUUCUGGACUGCUUGCACCGGGUUUGCGCCCGCUGCCUAAACAAGAUCCUGGACAUUGGAGACAGCUCGGGCUGCAUCUGCUGUCCCUUCUGUCGGCAUGAGACGAGAGUUAGUGACUAUGAAGUGGCAGCACUACCAGACGACUCGAAUAUUAUGUCUUUCCUAGCGGUCCGGGACAAGUGCACGAGCUCGGACCACAGCAAAGAGGUGGUGCUGACACCCAAGAGUCUAUCGUCUAAUGACAGUCCAUACCACGAAUCUUCUAAUUGCCUGGUCAUUACCAUUAUGGAGGUCCAGAGAGAUGGACAGCAUUCACCCAGUCGCAACGGUAGCUCUGAUGACUAUGGGGAACACAGCCUGGACUCUGUAUCAAUGGCAUCAAAUGGUGGGACAAUGGACCAGGAUGCAUUUACUAAGAUUUGCAAUCACAUACCCCGGAUUCUUGUGUGGCUACUCGGCUUCUUUUACUUUGGGUCCUUGCCACUAGGCAUAUACUUACUGGUGAUCCAAAGAGUAACUCUGGGUAUUGUAUGUGUAAGUCUUGUUCCCACCAGCCUUACUGUGUGUUUGGUGUAUGGAUUCUGUCAGUGCCUUUGCCAAGGCAUGUGUGACUGUUCUACCAGAAGCUGAAUGGACAUGACCCAAAAGUGUGUCUCAGAAUGAUGAGUGCAAACAAACUAAUAACAUAAAGAGACACCUUCAUAUAUGUAUUGAGGGCUAUUAUACUUGUUACUGCGAUUUCGAGUGCUGUAGUACUGAAUAUCAGGUAAUCCCAGCUGUGCUGAUAUUUAGUCCAACAGCAGAAUUGUGUGAUAAUGGUUUCAUACAUAUGUUCUAUAAAAAUGAAAUUAAAAUAGAAUAAGUGACAUUUCAGCAACAAGACCGAUAAAUAGUUUGUUAUUUUUUGCUCAAACUAUUAAAGAGUUCCCAAAGAAGGCUGGAUAAAGCACUGUGUAAAGCCAAUAAAUAGACUGACUGACAGCCCAUAAUAAGCAAAGUACCAUUUUUAAUAAAUGAACUAAUAUGCUUAUAUUGGAGUAAUAACAAGUGGAGUAAUAAAAACAGUGAAAUGUACCAGUGCUACAGUGCUUUUAGAUUAAACAUCAGCACUCGUGAAACACCACUUUUCCUAUCAAAUUACUGGACCGGAAUUAACUGUUGUAUAAUUACCUUACAAUGUAAACACUUUCCUUAACAAACAAAACAAAUGUCAUGCCUGGUGUCUAAGGCCUGGUUUGUACUUCAGCUUUAAAGUGUAUUUGCAUCAUGACACAGAGAGGGAGUUUAUGGCCAAGAGAUGCAAUAAUUCUCUCUCGUGCUGUUCUUCCAAAAGCUAAUAUUGAGUCAUGAGUAUCUAGGGUGUUGUGUGUCAACCGGCCUUCAGGCAAACGUUGAUUGGUUGAGACAGGAAAGUGUAUCUGGUUGUGUACUUGGAAACAUUGUGAUUAUACCCUGUGCCAAUUCACUUUAACUGAAGGGCUUUAGACGAAUACCAUACGGAUGGUAAAAUCCAGGCUCCUACAGGCUAGGCUUCACCAGCCCAAGCGUUAUCUAUUAGACAUCUGGAAAUAAAUUUAACCAUAUUCACGUUUUCAAUUCCUCCAGCUCAACUGUUUAAACUUGUGGCACCUCGAUUUCUCAUGGGUGGUGUCUAAAAAAUUAUGAAACAUUGGCUUAGUGGUUAGCACAGUCACCUUGAACUCACAGGGCUGCAGGUUCGAAUCUCGCCCCUGCUUCUCCAGUUGUCUUUCCAAAUGUUCUCCACAUGCUUGGUGGAUUUCCUCUUGGCACUCCAGUUUCCUUCCAUAAUUCAAAAACAUUCAGUGUAAACAAGCUGGCGUUUCUAAAUAACCCAUAGUGCAUGAGUGGACAUGUGUGCUUGUGGCCCUUGAUGGGACUUAAACUUAAUCAUCAUUGCACAAAAUGCACUGAAAUUCACAAAUCUUUUCCACCUUAGCAUUUUUCAUUGUCACAACAAACACCCCCACUGUCUUGGAUUUAUUAAUGCCACAGUGAAACACUGCUCUAUUCCAUUAUUCUGGUACAUAUGGCAUUGUACCCACACAUAGUUUACAUUACAUGGAACCUACCGUAUGCGAGCAUCCAUGCAUGAUGCCCUCACAUUCUUGCAAAUACCUGUUCACAGAAGUAUACCCCAUGCAUAACAUUAAGGACGUACAACAUGUUGCAUUACCAGUCCAUGUGUUCAAAGAGGAAUGCUUCCCUGCGUAGAUUCCUAAUAGUAUAAUAUUUAAACCACAAAACAUGGCGAACAAGAAUGCCCAAGCAACUGGAAAGUCAAAUGAUGAAACUAUUUUCAGUAUGAAAGAUGCCACAAAUGCUAUUAAUA